UUUUUUUCCCGUCUUUAAGCUUAACCUCUACUUUCACUUUGGAAACACGCAUGUAAACAAAUUUAAUAGGUGCCAGAAUAAUUAAGCCUCAGUAAAAUUCCAAGUAGUUUAUUUAUAAGUGAUGCGGUUUACAUUAAAAAGUGUCACACAAUGUGGGUGCCGAUUGGGAACACUAUCAUGUCAAAGAGAAGUUACGAAUGGAGAGAACACCCAUAUAAUAGAGACACCCGUGUGUAUGCUGUACACUAAAAAAGGCAGUGCUCCAUGGUUGUCAAUUGACAUGCUGAAAAGAAUUGAAAAGUUGCCUCCCAUUGCACACAUGCAUUUGUCCUCUCUCUCAGACCUUUCUGAAGCAGUGGAGAAGUUUCAGCAAGGCAUUGCCAAGUUUACAUCAAUGCAGGAUUUCUUGGUGUACAUCUCUGUUCAUGAUUCUGGAUUGGAGAUUCCCUCAGGCUACAAUACAAAGGCUGGUACUGCUGUUUGGAACAAGGCAGGAAAGAAACUGGUAGACCCACAACUGUUCAUUAAAUGUCAAGAAGCCUUUCAUCCAUCAUUCUAUCAGGCUCUGUCUGAUGCAGACACUGACAGGAAGUCCGGGAAAAAGAGGGCAAUGAAGGCGGUAGACAGAACACUCAAUUUCCUGGACACCAUUCUUGAGCUCCAUAAAAAAUCACAGAGACUAAGAGAUGUUGGUGUAUUUGGUUCAAUUGAGGGUGGUUUCUACGAAGAGGAGAGAAAGAGAUCUGCUAAAGAGACAGCUGCAAGGGAUGUGGAUGGAUUUGUCAUAGAGGGCUUUCAUGCACAGGAUGAGAAGAAUGAAACAUUUGAUGUUGAGGAGAUGAAAGAUCUAUGUAAAAUAGUUUUUGAAAACCUACCAAAAGGAAAACCCAGAUUAAUGCAUGCUGUUUGGUCACCUGAUCAGGUUGUUAUGGCAAUGGAGCUUGGCAUUGAUAUAUUUGACAGCUGUUAUCCCUGGUUAGUUACAGAAAGGGGUGGGGCACUCGUAUUCUCCUUCGAUUUUGAUAAAACGCCUCAGAAUGAGAAAGAUGCUGGGUCAUCAGAAGGUUUUGAAAUAUCAUUGAACGAUAAAAGAAUGUGUGAGGAUUUCAGGGCACCCCUUCCAGGAUGUUCUUGUUAUACCUGUCAGAAUUUCUCUCGUUCUUACAUCCAUCAUCUUCUCAACACAGCAGAACUCCUAGCACCAGUUCUACUCAUGAUACACAAUUUCCAUCAUUAUUUUGAGUUUUUCCAUGCCCUUCGAACAUCACUGAAGAUGGACCAAUUCCAAAAACUAAAGGCAAUGAUUGUGGAGCAGAGACCUCAUUAAAAGCACUAAUGGAUAUAGGCUUACAAAGUCAAUCACAAAAUUAAAGUCUUAUAAUACCUAUAUCGCAGAUUUCUUUCCAUUUAAAUGAAACUGAACACAUUCACAUUAGAAAGAAUCAGCAGUGACAUAAUUAAAAGAUUCGGGUCACAAAUGGCGGGGAUUUGGCUGAUUAGAGGGCAGUCAUGUAAAAUCACACCGUUUAGUUUGGCUUUUCACAAAUAGCUGUUUUCAUUUCAAAAUAAACAGCGAGCUGGAAUGUGUAAUGGGAGUUCAGAUUAAAUUUUUACACACAUU